CAGCCCAAAGACUGAAGCAGAGUAGUCUCAGGGAUCUCCAACAUCUCUGCCCCAACAGAAUGAAAUACGCACAGUAUGUUUUCCUGGCCUCGAUCUUCUCCACUGUUGAAUAUAGCCUAGCUCAGACCUGUGCAGUGGAGUCUUUCUCUGUGAAAGACAAUUUUGAUCCAAAAAGGUAUGCAGGGAAAUGGUAUGCCCUGGCCAAGAAGGAUCCAGAAGGCCUUUUUCUUCAGGACAACAUCUCUGCUGAAUACACCGUGGAGGAAGAUGGCACAAUGACAGCAUCUUCCAAAGGCCGAGUGAAGCUUUUUGGGUUCUGGGUCAUCUGUGCCGACAUGGCUGCUCAGUACACAGUACCUGACCCAACCACUCCAGCAAAAAUGUACAUGACCUACCAGGGCCUGGCCAGCUACCUCUCCAGCGGUGGGGACAACUACUGGGUGAUUGACACUGACUAUGAUAACUAUGCCAUUACCUAUGCCUGCCGCAGUCUAAAGGAGGACGGCUCCUGUGAUGAUGGCUACUCCCUGAUCUUCUCACGCAAUCCCCGUGGCCUCCCCCCAGCCAUUCAGCGCAUUGUGCGCCAGAAGCAGGAAGAAAUCUGCAUGUCUGGCCAGUUCCAGCCCGUGCUUCAGUCAGGGGCCUGCUAAAAGUACACUUCUGAUCCUAUCCUUAAGCACAGAAACCAGACCUCUUGGUCUUGAAGUUGCCACUCAGCUAAUGAAAAAAGAAAAUGGUAGUAUCGAGUAGUGAGUUUUUCCUGAAAAACACAUGAAAAUGUUGGGGUUUUUGUAAACUGUGUGCAAUACAGUAUUGAUAUUUGAAUUUUCAAGGGAAUACCUAACAUGGCAUUUGUCAAUAAAUGUUUUUAAAAAA